UUUCAUUGGAUCGUAUAGAGGGGCGUGUUAGUGAAUAGGCGGCUGCAUCGAGUCGCACUCUCAGAUAUCUGAUUACACCUGCUGCAUACAAGUUAUGGGAACAAAACUGAAGAUCGAUAUUCAUAAUCACAUAUUACCGAAGGAGUGGCCCGAUCUUAAACAGAGAUAUGGUUAUGAAGGAUGGAUCCAGUUACACCACCACUGCAAAGGAGAAGCCAAAAUGAUGAGAGAUGGAAAAGUGUUCCGUGUAAUUCAAGAAAACUGCUGGGAUCCAGAGGUGCGAAUUCAGGACAUGAACAAAACAGGUGUCACAGUGCAGGCUCUUUCUACCGUCCCUGUCAUGUUCAGCUACUGGGCAAAACCGCAAGACACACUGGACCUGUGUCACUUUUUAAAUGAUGAUCUGUAUGCCACAGUGAAGAAACAUCCAAAAAGAUUUGUGGCAUUAGGAACUUUACCAAUGCAAGCACCAGAAUUGGCAGUGCAGGAAAUGAAACGUUGUGUAAAAGAACUUGGGUUCCCUGGAGUUCAGAUUGGUUCUCAUAUCAACAAUUGGGAUCUGAAUGCCCCUGAACUCUAUCCAGUUUUUGCUGCAGCAGAAGAACUAGAUUGUGCAUUAUUUGUUCAUCCAUGGGACAUGCAGACUGAAGGACGAAUGUCUAAAUAUUGGCUUCCCUGGUUAGUGGGGAUGCCAACAGAGACCACCAUGGCCAUUUGCUCAAUGAUUUUUGGCGGCAUCUUUGAAAAAUUCCCUAAACUGAAAGUAUGUUUUGCACACGGAGGAGGAUCCUUUCCAUAUACAGUUGGACGCAUUGAGCAUGGUUUUAACGUGCGACCAGAUUUGUGUGCAGUGGAUAACAAUGUGAAUCCAAGAAAAUACAUUGGAUCUUUUUACACUGACUCUCUUGUUCAUGACUCACUGGCUUUAAGACAUCUUGUGGAAGUUAUCGGUGAGGACAAUGUACUAUUAGGAACAGAUUACCCAUUUCCAUUAGGAGAACAUGAGCCAGGGCUGCUGAUAGAAUCAAUGGAGGAAUAUGACAAUGUUCUGAAGAAUAAGCUGUUAGCCACAAAUGCUCUUGGGUUCUUGGGUUUGGACAGAAGACAAUUUGAAUAAAGGAGAAAACUUGCUUACUGCUCCAUGUAAAGACAGUGAAACUUCAGCACUUUCAACGUCAAAGAAAAAAGGCACAUAUUGAAAAAGAUAUCAUUAUACUCUACUAAUACAGUCAAAGUAAAAAGUAUGUGAACCCUUUGGAAUUAUCUGGUUUACUGCAUGAAUUGGUCAUAAAAAAUGAUCUGAUCUUCAUCUAAGUCACACUUACUGAUAUACACAAUGAGCUUAAGCCAAUGACACAUAAAAAAUUCUACUCUUUCAUGUCUUUAUUUUACAAACGCAUUCAACGUUCACAGUGGUAGGUAGUGGAAAAAGUAAGUGAACCUUGGGAUUUAAUAAGUGGUUGACCCUCCUUUGGCAGCAAUGACCUCAACCAGGUGCUCCCUGUAACUGCAAAUCAGACCUGCACAUAGUGUGGGGGGAAUUUUAGCCCAUUCUUCCUUGCAGAACUGCCUUAACUCUUCGAUAUUCCUUGGUUGUCUUCUGUGUAUGGCUCUCUUCAAGUCAUUCCACGGCAUCUCAAUAGGAUUGAGAUCUGGGCUCUGACUGGCCCACUCCAAAAGGCAGAGUUUAUUCUUCUGAAGCCAUUGUGCUGUGGAUUUGCUGCAAUGUUUGGAGUCAUUGUCCUGUUGCAUCACCCAGCCUCUUCUGAGCUUAAGUUGGCAAACAGACACCCUCACAUUAUCCUGGAGAAUUUGUUGAUAAAGUUGUGAAUUAAUUUUCCCCUCAAUGAUGGCAAGCUGUCCAGGCCCUGAUGCAGCAAAGCAGGCCCAAAUCAUGAUGUUCCCUCUACCUUACUUUACUGUAGGGAUGAUGUUUUGAUGUUGAUAUGCAGUGCCCUUUUUACACCAAAUGUAGUUCUGCUUGUUCGUCCCAAAUAGUUCAAUUUUGGUUCAUCACUCCACAAGCCAUUUUCCCAGUACCGUUGUGGACUGUCUAAGUGCUCUUUUGCAACCUUCAGGCGUUCAGCAAUGCUUUUUUUUUUGAUAGCAGUGUCUUCCUUCUUGGUGUCUUGGACUCCUUUCUUGUUCAAUGUUCUGCGUAUAGUUGACUCAUGAACAGAGAUGUUAGCCAGUUCUAAUGACUUCUUCAGGUCCUUUGCUGUCACUCUAGGGUUCUUCUUUACCUCAUUGCUGACUUUGCAUUGUGCUUUUGGGGUCAACUUGGCAGGGCACCAACUUCUAGGCAGGGUAGCCACAAUACCAAAUUGUCUCCAUUUAUAGACAACUUGCCUGACAGUAGACUGAUAAAUAUCUAAAAUCUUUGAGAUGACUUUGUUGCCCUUUCCAGCCUUAUGUAGAUGAACAAUUCUUGAUUGUAGCUCUUCAGACAACUCUUUUGUGCGAGGUAUGAUUCCCAUCUGGAUAUGCUUCUUAUGAAAAGCUCAAACUCAAACUUUAUAGUGCUUUUUAUCAAUCAAAGUAAUUCUAAGCCACACCUCUGAACGUUUCAUUAAAUGGACUCCAGGUGUGUUAAAUUCUGACUGCAAUGAGCUUUUUAAAAAGUCAUUAGCUUAGGGUUCACUUACUUUUUCCAACCUUCAGUUUCACAGUUUGAAUGCUUUAUUCAAUAUGGUCAAAAAUUCUCUGAAAAUCUGUGUAUCUUUAGUUAUAGGAGACUGUGUUUGUUCAUAAUUGUGACUGACAUGAAGAUACGACCAUGUUUUAUAUGGGAAUUAGACAUAAAUAUAGAUAAUUCCGAGGGGUUCACAUACUUUUUACUUUACUAUACAUGUUGUGAUUCCAAACAUAUUUAUAAUUAGUUUCAGUAUGAGAAACUGCUGUGUAUGUCUUUUAUGUACAGUAUGUUCCUUUUACCUCUAAUUGUUGUGCUUGAUAAUGACUGAAAAUGCCUAAUUAGAGGCCGACAUUUUCCAGGAUGUCAUAAUGAAGAACACAGUAUAGUUUCCUAAUGAAACUCUGUUAGAUAAUGCGGAUACUUUAUUAAUUGACAGUAGUUUGUUUACUAGAACAGUAUAUAUAAUUAUACUUCUGUUUACAGUUUUACAAUGUGUUCAAGUUAUAAAGAAACACUGGUUAUAAGAACAAUAAAUCUUCAAAUUAAUGAAUUUCACAGUUCAAAA